AUGAAUCCUCAGCUUCCAUACCCCGGGGCAGGCAGGAAGCCUUUCCCACCCCUCCGCCGACCAUCCUCUCUCUCCAAAUCCGCAACUCCCGCCACUCCACUUGAGCGAUCUACCCCGCAACGUACCGUCCACGAAAAGUUCUUCAUAUCGACCACCUACUCCACCAUCGCUGCCAGAGCUCUGACGUUCCAAGGACAAGUGCUAAAUGGCGUCACUCCGCUUCAACUGGCCCAAAACGACUUUCACUACCAGCCUUACCCAAAUGGCGGCGGCGGCUUGGCUUGCUGCUUUGCUUGUCAGUCAGCCAAACGCCUAGACAGCUUCCAGCGCGUGCCUCUUCAAGAAACGAAGCAACUACACACGGCAGACUGCAUAUGGCAGGUCAUCUACAGCGACUUGAAACAACAUCUCGAAUCCGCCGACACACUUCCCCCUCAACCAACGCAUCCUAUCUACCUAGACAACCAGCUCCUAGCCCCUAUCUUCCUUCGAAUAGCGAACAACUCGAGAAGACGACCACCGACUCCAGCAUACGAGAAGGACUCUGGUCCAGAUCACACCUCCACUCUGAUUGCAGUCAACUGCCUUGGUCUUCUCUAUCGAGAUCAGGGGAAGCUGAAGGAGGCAGAGGAGAUGUACCAGCGAGCAUUGGCAGGCUACGAGAGGGCAUUUGGCCCAGAUCACAGUAGGACUCGGCAACUUGUAGAGAGGUUAAAUGCCUUAAGCAUCACGGAGGAUCUUCCUUAUGUCCUGAUCCCGGACAGUGACGUGGUUCUGCAAAAGCAAUCAGUUCGAUCGCAGUUUCUGGAAUCAGCCGAAGGAGGCGACUUCAUCAAAUGGGCCAUGCUUCUUCACCACCGUGGCAAGGAUGGCAAACUGCACCGUGCCACAUCAAUUGAUCUCCGGGUUGGAUGCACCAUGGAUGGAGCAGUCGUUCACUACGAUGAUGGGCAGCACGCCAAUUGUGGCCCAGCACAGAACAAGGACAAUGGACAGCCCCACCAGUUUGGUGGGCACGCGUCGGAGCGACAUGACAUUCCUGCUGACGAGCAUAUUAUCCAGGUCAAGAUUUGCAAGCAAGACGACGGAUGGGGAAGUUUAUCAGGAAUUCGGAUGACCCUAAGCAACGGAGAUGCUUGGGGUUGUCUCAACACUAGAAGCAAUGGCGAUGACGAAGAUAAUGACAGCGAUAAUGGUGAAAGCUCUGAUGGCGGCAAUCAGAAGGAUGAUUUUGAUGUUGUGAUCCUGGAACCAGUAGAGGGCGAAGUCAUUGUUGGAUUUUACGGAAAGAGCGACACAGGAUGCGGGUUCACCUACGAAUUUGGCAUCUUAACGGCCCCGAAGGGAGUGGAGCUACCAGACAAGAUGAUCCCAUCGGCGAUAAGCAGCAAUAAGCCAGGCACAAUUGACUUGGCUCAAUCAUGCUCACCGUUUGACGCCUCUUUCCGCCAACCACUCGGUGAAAAAAUUACGUCUCAAUGGGCGUUUGCGCAGGAUCCAUCUAAGGACACGGUUAGCGACACCACCUCGAGUUACCAGUGUGAAUAA